CUUUGGAAAUUCAAGUAAUAUUUUCAUAAAAUAAUCAUUUAAAAAUAUCGAAAAAUCGUCUGCAACAGCUAUUUUGUAAACAUUCGAAAGUUGUCUUCUGCUACAAGCGGUUGUGAGUUGCGACGAGCGAGCAACUCUGUUUUUUGUGUGAAUUAUAUAAACAUAUUGUUCUCGUGAACAUGUUCAUAAUAGUUUUUUAUUGAAAAGAUUAUUUUUGUUUGAUAAGAAUGUAUAUUAGAGGUCUUUCUCGAGUAAGUGCCCAUUUGUCAAGGUAUAAUGCCGGUCACUCAAGCAUUCGUUCGAAAGUUUGCUACGAGAAAAUUUCCAAGCGAUAUAUUUCCUUGACGCAACAAUCAUUUAAAAACGAAGAAAAAUUGGUCAUAGGAGGUGUUUCUAGAAAACUGACAGAGAGUAAAUAUGUUGAACUAAUCCCAUCAAAAUAUGACAACAUUGAUCCUGAUCAAUCUACUUUAAAAAAGCUAAGAUGGAUGCUGCAAAAAGAUGCCCUUGGCCAAGAUAUGUUUUUGAUUGGCCCUCCUGGGCCAGAAAAAUUCAAAAUUGCACACUUGUAUGCUCAGUUAGUUAACCAGGAGGUUGAGUAUAUUGCUCUUUCUAGAGACACCACUGAAAGUGAUUUGAAACAAAGAAGGGAGAUUCACAAUGGCUCAGCUCAUUUUGAAGAUCAAGCUGCUGUAAGAGCUGCUAUUCACGGAAGGAUUUUAAUCCUUGAUGGAAUAGAAAAAACAGAACGAAAUGUUUUGCCUGUUUUGAAUAAUCUAUUAGAAAAUAGAGAAAUGCCUUUGGAGGAUGGCAGGCUUUUAAUUUCGUCGUCGCGCUAUGACAAACUUCUUGAGGCUAGUCGUUCUACCGAUCUUGAAAAGUGGAAGUUGGUCCGAGUUGAUGACAAAUUCAGGGUAAUUGCUUUGGGACUUCCCGUUCCAAAGUAUCGUGGUCACCCGUUAGAUCCUCCGCUACGUUCACGUUUUCAAGCUUUAAAAAUUGACCAAAAACCAUUCAAGGAUCAAUUAUUAACUCUUACACAAAUCGCUCCUGGAGUUCCAGAAAAUUCCCUAAUUGAAUUGGCUUCCUUUGCGUACGCGAUUAAUGCAAGCGAAUCAAAAGCCCAAGGAUUGCCUGACUUUCCUAUUGAUUCUUUACCCUUAGCAGCUGCACUGAUGGAAAAUAAUCCGAAUCUCUCAGUUGGUAGUGUACUGCAACGCCUAUAUCCUUACAAAACCUUUUUAACGAAAGACGGCCAGAAGAUGGUAGAAGAUCUUAUGGAAAUGUUUAAAAUUGACAACAAUUUGCAAACAGAAAACAUUCCAAUUCCAUCAAUGUCGCGUGGAACAGCGACUGAAGAUUAUAUUCCGACUGACUACCACCAGCAAAUCGUCAAAGAAUUAAAAGAAUCGAUACAGAUUCACGACAUUUGUCUGAUAGGAAAUCGUGGAUGCGGGAAAAGUACUCUUAUUCGACAAUUAGCUAACGUGUUGUCAUUAGAAAUAGAGCCUAUCAUGUUGUAUCAGGAUAUGACAUCACGGGACUUGUUGCAACAGAGAUCUACUUUGCCGAACGGUGAUACCGUUUGGACUCCCUCUGCACUCCUAAAAGCAGCUAUAGAUGGAAAGAUAGCUGUAUUGGACGGUCUUCAUCGCAUUAAUACGGGAACACUUUUUACUAUCCAAAGUCUUGUACAUGAGAGAGAAGCGCAACUUUUUGAUGGAUCUCGCAUUCUUCGCCAUGAUCGAUACGAUGCUCUUCAAAAACACUUAAAUUGUUCGGAUGAAGCCAUGGCUGAAAAGAAGCUGUUAAAGGUUCAUAAGGAUUUCCGUAUCGUCGCGCUUGCCGAACCUCCAAAUUCAACGGGAAAAAAUUCAAGUCAUUGGCUUUCUCCCGAAGUUCUUUCCAUGUUCUUUUAUCACACCCUCCGUCCGAUGAACAAGGCAGAAGAGAUCAAUAUUCUUGAAGCAUUAAUAGGAGAUAAACUUGCCAUGUCUAUGCAUCCUAUAAUGAAACUGGCCCAACACUUACGUAAUUCAAGUGAUCCAACUCUAGGUGGUUUAGCGUCUUCUCUUUCAACUCGACAACUUCUUCGACUUGCAAAACGUUUAAAAGAAUACCCAAGUAGUGAUCCAUGGGAAUUAGUAGAACGAACUUGUUUGUCAAAAUUUUUACCGAGGAUGCCCCAAGAAGCACUUUUCAAAGCUAUGAAGUCGUGCGGAAUGGAAAAAGCAACACAGCUGGAAUCAGGCGAUUCUCAGUUAACUUGUUCAGUUGAAGGCGGUAUAUUAAAAUUAGGCCAAACAAAAACUAAGAUUUAUGAACAGGGUAACAUGGCUAAAGUACCUGAUGUUGUUUUCUAUGAUACCGAUCAACAUCUGCGGGUGUUGGAAGCGUUACUUCAGGAUUUCCUACUUGGAGAUCAUUUGUUACUUGUUGGUAAUCAAGGUGUUGGCAAAAACCGCCUUAUAGACAGGCUGCUGGCCCUCAUGAAUCGACCUAGAGAAUAUAUUCAACUCCAUCGUGACACGACCGUGCAAAGUUUAACAGUUCAGCCGACAGUGUUCCAGGGUAUCGUCAAGUUCCAGGACUCGCCGUUGGUAAGAGCCGCUCAAGAUGGAAGCGUCCUUGUUGUAGACGAAGCAGAUAAAGCUCCAACACAAGUUACAUGCAUUCUCAAAACUUUGAUUGAAAACGGUGAAAUGCUAUUGGCAGACGGACGCCGAAUUUUACCCAGAGGAGUUAGAUGUGACACCAAAGAGAGUGAUAUUGUUAGACUACAUCCUGAUUUUCGAAUGAUUGUCCUUGCCAAUCGACCAGGUUUUCCAUUCCUUGGAAACGACUUCUUUGCAUCAUUGGGUGAUGUGUUCAGCGUUCAUGCCGUAGAAAACCCAAGUUUUGAAUCUGAACUGGAACUUCUACGCCAUUUCGGGCCUUCUGUUGAAAAAAGAACUUUAACAUCAAUAGUCCAAGCAUUUGCUCAAUUAAGAAGCCUUGCCGAUCAAGGCAUGCUUACUUAUCCAUAUUCUACUCGAGAAGUCAUCAACGUCGUCAAACAUUUGGAGCGCUAUCCGAAAGAUGGCGUAGUCCGCACAGUUUCCAAUGUCUUCGACUUUGAUGCUUAUAGUUCGGAAGUGAAAGAACUGAUCACUCGCGUUUUUCACGAACAUGGAAUUCCCCUGGGCGCCAGUGUAAACAAUAUUGCACUUGCAGUGGAACAGCCCCUGGCUGCGCCCAUUUUUGGUGGCGAGUGGAAACUCCUUGAGCCAUGUGCACCAAAUGUUGUUAAGAAAUCAGUUGGUCUUUCGGGAAAUUUUUCGUCACGUGGGACAAACUCUCAACUGUCACCAACAGAAGCGCGACUUCUCUGGUUUUCUGAACAGAAAACCAACUGGAAAUUACCAAUCGGCGAAACGCAAUGGAUCCAUGGCUUAGUGGCUUCAGAAGAGAACGAUUUUAUUCACAUUCUUACAACUAGUCCAGCUGUGCUGUACAGUCUUGAUUUAAAGACCAAUUCUUUGUUGGAAACACAGCUCGAUCGCUUCGUCGAUUCCGGUUUCUACGCAAACCAAUGCCGGCUUCAAAUAGCGGCCAUGAAAAAUCAAAUAAUGAUUUUUGAUCCAGAAAGAUGCAAGUUACUGAUGUUUGAUCAUAUGAACCAGAAAAUUGGUAUGUGUGAUUUCCGGACGACUCCUUCUAUUACAAAUUCUUCACUCGGGCGUUUGAGCCAGAGAUGGAUUGGUGGCAAAAAUACUGAAAGUAAUCAAAUGAUUUUGGCUGGAGCAUUAUCCAAAUUGAACAUGCUGGUUUUCUAUCAACCACACGGACGCCAGUUGGAAUUGUUCAACACUAACCAAGAAAACUGCUCAAUAUAUGAACUGGAUUUUGAUAUUCAAAGUGUCCACCUUGUGAUGAAUGAGAACAUCCUUAUCCAGUCACGAGAGUCAAAUAAAAAAUAUCUCUUUGAAGUCGAAAACGGCCAACUGCGAUUGAUUGAAGAAUCCGAGCCGUUAGGCCCCGUAACGUCCCACAUAGUAAAUCAUUCGGAUAGCAAGGCGUUUUUUACUGCAAAAGAUUAUUUCGCGGUUCAGAUGACUAUUCCCCAAAACGAACUUCUUGUGUGGCCCGGUUACGUCUGCUCCGAUUCAGCAAAUGCUGUUUUACUUCCACAUAAUAACUCGGUUGCGCGACUCGUACCAAGCAGUGAGGUUCCAAAACCUAUUGACCAUGGGAACAAUUCACAUUUUUUGCAAGUGGCCGAUUUAACUGGACAAACUCUGAGAUACAUCCCUGUACCAAAUUCACAGCAAAGACGUCGUUAUGGUAAUUCAGAUUCCAAGAUUCACCUGGCUUCAUACGGCGAAGGAAGCGUCGUUACUGUAGACGAUUCUGGGUCUAUUCGACUGUGGGAGGUCAAUCAAUCACAAAUUGCGAAAUCCCUCGAAGUUUGGAGGAGUAACGUUGGCGAUGACGCUGGGCAAUUAACAAUUGAACGCACCCAAAAAAGUGGUGAUUUAUCAGGUCCAAAAGUAGGAAAAAUUGAUCCGAAAAAUACGCCUCAUGUCGGUGGCAAUACUUGGGCUGGUGGAACUGGCGGCCGGGAUACUGCUGGUCUAGGUGGACGUGGUGGACCUUACAGACUUGACGCUGGUCAUGAUGUUCAUCAAGUAUCGGAUGAAGAUAAGGCAGCGGUGCCUGAGGAAAUCCAACGAGCAGCAAGGGAAAUGGGUAAAAAAGCAUAUCAAGAGCGUUUAAAACAAAUUCGCAUGGAUCCCGUUGACGCAGAACUUUAUCAGAAAUUCUCUUCAAGUGUCCAGAAACAAGUAACGGCCCUGAAAGUUAUCCUGGACAAUAUUCAAGCAAAAGGCAAAGAGCGACAAUGGAUCAGGCACCAGACUUACGGAGAUUUAGAUGAUUCUAAAAUUAUUGAAGGUCUAACUGGCGAAAAAAACAUAUAUCGUCGUCGAGCGGAACUCCAUCCCGAAUUAGGAGCACCAGCGGAAAAGCCAAAGCAUUUAAGGCUUUUGGUCGACGUUUCGGGUAGUAUGUAUAGGUUUAAUAGCUACGACCAUCGCCUCGAAAGAGAAAUGGCCGCUGUACUCUUAUUUAUGGAAGCUUUAGAGGGUCACUCUGAAAAAUGGCGCUAUGAUAUAGUUGGGCAUUCUGGAGAAACUCUUAACCUUGAGUUAGUUAACGUUGGUCGCCCUCCAAAAGACGACAAGCAGAGAUUCGAAGUUCUACUCAACAUGCAUGCUCAUUCGCAGUUUUGCAUGGCCGGAGACCACACUUUGGAAGCGUCAAAACAAUCAAUUGCUAGUUUAAGUGAGUCAACCGAUCUAGACGAAGCAUUUGUCAUACUUUUGUCCGACGCCAAUCUAGAGCGUUACGGUAUUCCAGCAGUGCAUCUGGCUCAGUCGCUUGCUGCUACGGAUAAUGUUCGAUCAGCAGUCGUUUUUAUAGGUUCGUUAGGUGACCAGGCCAAUCGAAUUUCACAGCAACUGCCAGCAGGAAGCGCCUAUGUUUGCAUGGACUUGGAAAAACUGCCUCAAAUUUUGCAACAAAUUUUUACAUCUGUCCUGUUGUCUACAUAAUACCGAUGUUUAUUAACAUCAGCAAUGUUCAGUACAGCCCAAGUCCAAAAACCUC